UUAAUAUCACAGAAACAAUUUGCCUCAGUAAAAUGUAAACUUCUUACUGUCUUUGUCGCCAAAUACAAAGUGGUCGAGCAGUACCAAACGAUGCUAUGAUAUUCGAUAUAUUAAACAGGCUGCUUUACAUGCCGAUUUCAAGAAUGGAUUUGACUGAUCAAAACAAUAUAUAAAUGUAUGAUGGGCAGGGUACAAGUCUUUUUUGACAAGUAAGGCUAGAUUAAAUCGCCAUUAGUUGGAAUGGAACUCGGCGCGACUGGACCAAGUGACUUCUUCCUGUGCAUUCAAUCAGUCCUGUCGGUGUGUGAGCUGCUGCCUGGUGCAUUUCAAUCAAAAGUACUCCAGAGGCUUUACCCUGCAGCUCCCAAAUUGGAGAAGGAGUCCAGCCAACCAGGCAUGGUCGAGGCCCUAGCCAACAAAAUCUGUGUGAAAAGACAAGCCUCUAAAGUGGACACUGCUACUGGAGAUGCAGGAAAGACGCAGAGUGCAGCCAGUCCGGGCAGGCGGAUGUACACUGUUCUACCUCCUCCUGCAGACUACAAGACAGAUUCAGAGAAAUCCAUCACACUCCCCCAACUAGAAAGGAUAAAUAGUGCCGAGGACCCAGCUGAGGAGAGCGUCCAUGAUGGCAAUGAAGCACUAGACAGAGAUGAAGAGGAAGAAGAAGAGAAAAGAAAAAGGAGAAGGAAAAGGAAAAGAAAACCAACCCUCCACUAUGACUAUGGGAAAGAUGUAGCAGCUCCAGUGAGUGAGCCCAGCACAGGUCAGACACCUGUGGAUGAGGGAGGAGAACGCAUUAGCAGGAACAAGAAGAGGAAGCUGAAGAAGAAACGGCACAAAGAAAAGCUGCUCUCCAUGGGUCUAAUGCCCCGCGCCACUGCCCUGGAGUUCACAUACCAAAAAGAUGGGGAUGAGGAGGAAGAUGAUGAAAGGAGAGCUGCUGAGGUGUCAGACUUCCUCAGCACAACAAUGGAAAUCUAUAUGUCAGAUUCCUUAUUGCGUGCAGACAAGCUUCCUGUCCUGUCUCAGACGGUGGAUGACCUUCUGAGCAGCAUAGCCAGUGGACGCAAGCCGCCCUCUGUCCUGAAGCAGCUCUACAGCCUAAAGGCCUUUGUUCAGCAGAAACAGAUAGACAAACUGGAAAAGGCUCUGAAGGAGCUCUACAAAACAUCUAUGUCCGCAGAGGAAACCACGGCAGUCACUUCACUUUUCCAAUACUGGAUCACAGACAUCCUUCCCAUGCAGGGAGACAAGAAGACAGGGCUUUCUACCAUGCACCCAUGAGACUGUCAGUCACACUGAAACAAAGACUCUGCUGAAGAAUUAUUUCCACUGUGCUUUAUCACUUUAGACAAGAAAGUUCUGGAAAUGUUCCACUCAUAUUCUGCAUUGCACAAUGUUGGACUUUAAAUGAUGCAGUAUAAAAACUGUCAUUAAAUAUGUUUCCUUUUGAUCUAUA